UCUGUUUAUGUUUAUUGUUUACAAUUAAAAACCUCCAAAAGAAUGAAAACUCCCACAAAUUCCAGCAUUUUGCAGCAAUGUCGCUUCUGCAGGAAAACCUCGGUAGCAUCGGUGGACAUCUUUUGCAAGGGGACAACGGAUUCCAGCAUUUCGGAAAUGGUGAACGGUCUUUUAAGCGAGAACUGCCAGGUUAAACGGGAUGCACUGCCGCAGUGUGCCUGCCUGGCCUGCAUACUGGCCACCAAAAGUGCCUUUAGCUUCAAGAGAAAGUGUGAGGAGAGCCAUCGAUUCUUUUCUGAGCUUCUGCUGAUAAAGAGCCCCACUCACCUUGGAGGAAACAAGCUUGCCGAUGAGGAUGAAAGCGACGAAGAUGAAAGGCUACCCAGUGAGAUACCUUUUGAAGAAGCUGUUUGUGAGAUGCAGCUAGACACAAAGGAAGGAUUGUCAACGUCGCAAGAGGUAGAAGAUCGCCUUGAGUUGACACAGGAAGGAAAUCAGGAAAUACAGAGGGAUGUCGAGGAGCUAGCUGAAAUGAAGGAGGAUCCAGAUGGAUUGCGGAAUGCGAACGUUUCUCCUGAGACUGAUUCGAGAACAAAUCCAUCAACCUCUUUCCUUUGUUCAGAGUGUGGUUUGACUAUAAAGUCGAAAUACACGCUGGCCCAGCACAUGGCCAUUCACAAAAAACAGUUUCAGCGAUCACAUCUUUGCGAGACCUGCGGCAAGGACUACAGAAGCAGGGCUCAACUGGUAGUUCAUAAGAGAACGCACACCGGCGAGCGACCCUAUCAAUGCACCCACUGCCCGAAGACAUAUUUUCAGAGCACGGCUCUGAAGACACAUUUGAUAACCCAUGGCAAGGAGCGACCGUACAAGUGCUCACAGUGCCAGAAAGCAUUUUAUCUGCCGAGGAAUUUGAAAGACCACCAAAAGCUGCACAAGGGAGAGAGACCCUUUCAAUGUGCCAAUUGCCCUUUGGCCUUCACCAAGAAAGCCAACCUGAGGACACACAUGCGUCAGCACACAGGAGAGCGACCGUUCAACUGUGAUAUAUGUGGCUUGACUUUUGUCCAGAACCAGCAUCUGACAACCCAUCUUCGUGUCCACAACGAGGAUCGUCCCUUCAAGUGCAACGACUGCGAUAAAUCAUUUUUCGUUAGCGCCAAUCUAAAGAAACACCUCCGCGUCCACACUGGCGAGAAGCCCUUCAAGUGCUCUGUCUGUGGACAGGACUUUAAGCACAGCCAUCAUCUGAAAUCCCAUGUUCGCAGUCAUACGGGGGAGCGGCCCUACAGGUGCAACGAGUGCGAAAAGGCCUUCGCCUCCAAUCAGUCGCUGCAGAAACAUAUUCUGUGGCAUGCCAGCAAUCGAGAUCGGGCCUUCAAGUGUUCCGACUGCCCCAAGGGCUUCGACAGCUUACGCGGCCUUAAAUAUCAUAUGCGUUUGCACAGCUCCUCGUCCUCCUCAAAGGAGAUGGCGAAGGUGGAGGCCCUGCACAUGUGUCCGAUCUGUAGCCUGAGCUUUAGCCUGCAAGACGCCUUGGAAACACACAUUGCCAUCCACAAUAAGGACCUAAAUUGAGCACAGUCGUACCUCCAGAAGCAUAAGUGUACAUUAGGAUCUUGAUGAUCCCAUUUGUUUAUUUAUUUAUAUGCUCAUUUGCUGCCCUUGAUGGAACUUCUGAGCAAAUUGUGUUAAUUAAAAAGGAAUGAGCGAUGGGCACUUGUUGUAAACGAGUGUACAAGAAUAAAAUAGGUAUACUAAAAGUGUAUAAAAUUAA